UCCAUGAAGAAUAAUACAGAGGUGACUGAUUUCAUACUACUAGGACUAACCAAUGUCCCAGAACUUCAGGUUCCCCUUUUUAUAAUGUUCACCCUCGUUUACCUCAUCACUCUGAUUGGGAAUUUGGGCAUGAUCAUGUUGAUCCUGCUGGAUUCUCGUCUCCACACUCCCAUGUACUUUUUCCUCAGUAACUUCUCUCUGGUAGAUUUUUGUUACUCCUCAGCAAUCACUCCAAAGGUCAUGGCUGGAUUCCUUAUAGGAGACAAGGUCAUUUCCUACAAUGCGUGUGCUGCUCAGAUGUUCUUCUUUGUAGUCUUUGCCACUGUGGAAAGUUACCUCUUGGCUUUAAUGGCCUAUGAUCGCUACGCAGCAGUGUGCAAACCCCUGUAUUACACCACCACCAUGACAACAGGUGUGUGUGCACGUCUGGCCAUAGGCUCUUAUGUCCUUGGCUUUCUGAAUGCUUCUAUUAACAUUAGAGACACAUUCUGUCUUUCUUUUUGUAUGUCCAAUGUGAUCCAUCACUUUUUCUGUGAUGUUCCAGCAGUCAUGACUCUGGCUUGCUCAAAUACAGACAUUAGUGAACUAAUUCUUGUUCUCCUCUCAACCUUUAAUGUAUGUUUUGCACUUCUUGUUAUAUUGAUUUCCUACUUGUUCAUAUUUAUUACUGUUUUGAAGAUGCACACGGGUGAGGGAUACCAGAAGGCUUUAUCUACCUGUGCUUCUCAUCUUGUUGCAGUUUCCAUAUUUUAUGGGACUGUCAUCGUCAUGUACUUACAGCCCAGCUCCAGUCAUUCCCUGGACACAGACAAAAUCGCAUCUGUGUUUUAUACUAUGCUCAUCCCCAUGUUGAAUCCUGUGGUCUACAGCCUGAGGAACAGAGAGGUCAAGAGUGCAUUCAGAAAGGUUGUUGAGAAGACAAAAUUUUCUCUAGGUUUUGUCUUAGUGACAUAG